AAAUGUAACUUACUAUACUGAUGAGAAUGAUGUAUCUAAUGAUUUUAUAGCUACUUUGACAGUAGUAACACAAUAUUUACUAAGUAGAUUUAUGAAAGAUGAAGAUAGGAGAGAAGUUAGUGAUAUUGAUGAAGAUUGGAGGGAAGUUAGUUAUAUUGAUGAAGAUAGGAGGGAA